CAGAGAUUCACGCUCCCCGGUCCGAGAGUCUGGCCCGAGAAUGUCUACUAUCCUUCCUUUGUUCCGCUAGCAGAAGAAUCAACGGGCCGGUAGACGCGCCCGGUCGUCACUCUCUUGUCUAAGGCUGCAUAGCGGCAGCCUUGGUAACCUAAAGCUCCUUUACUGGUGCAUGAUGCCUCUCUAGGGCCCUAAAGAUCUAGGCGCGUUCACCACUUCGGUCAAACCGUGAUGAUACGCUUUGGCCGCUUGUGCCCAGGUCAAGCAAAUCGUGAUUUCCUUUCCAUUGUCUUUCUUUCAUCGCUUUCAUCCUUUUCGGGCCCACGAUAGGACAGCAUCGUCAAGACAGGAAACUGUCAAAAGCAUUAGCGGCGGGCCAAUCACUCCCCACCAAGUUUCGUCUACAAAGGACGCUCUUGCCACUCGGCACGAGCAUGGUAUAAAAAUUGGGCUUCAUCUCUGGGUGCGCCAUCGCUCAGCGUUUCCUUUCCUUUCUUUAUCUCAGCUACCGUUCCUUGCCUAAUAUCUCACGUCGCUCAUUCACCUACCAAACACUCGUUUAAUACCAUGAAUACGGAAGAGGGCCUCAAGAGGUUCUACCUCAUGAAGAAGCUCAAUGUCGACAAAGACGGGGCCAACUGGACUGAAUCUUCUAUCGAUACCACGGCCGGAAGCUCCGCCGACGAGGCCUACUUUAGGAAGAUCGGUCUAUCGUUCGCAUACCUCCCUGCGCUGUUCCCCUCCCUUACCGAUCUUCGAGUCUCGGAUCUUCAGCUUCAAGAUGUCGCCACCCUGUCCGAUGCCCUUCGCUCGCUCUUCCGCUUGGAGAACGUCCGCGUGCCACUUCCGAACGCGAGGGCGAUGACCCACCUUGCGAACCUUCCGUCUCUCCGCGCACUGUCCCUCGACAUCCUUCCAUCGACACCUGAAAUCCAGGACCCAAACGUAGUGUUCGGCGACACCCUCGAAGACCUCUCGUUCCAAUGCCACGACCUCGACACCUGCGCCAACGUCCUCUCCACCCUCAACGCCGCACCCAAAUCUCUCCGCGUCCUCCUCUGCACGCCCGAAUCAUUCACCCCGCGCAGCCUCGACCACCUCGUCUUCGCCAUCUCCGAGCAGCUCUCCCCCACACGUCUCGAGACCCUGCACCUCACCUCCUCCGACCCCGCCCGCGCACUCACCCCCGCGCUCUUCGAGCCGCUCGAGAUGCUCAUGGGCUGGGACUACUGGACCUCGGCGCCCACCGGCUUCCACGCGCUGCGCACGCUCGCGUUCACCAUGGCCCCGCUCGCCACGAUGGCCAACGCCGACGUCGAGCUGCUCGCCACCUCCCUCCCGCACCUGCGCGUCCUGCGCCUCGGCGACGUCGCGCGCACGACGCAGCCGCGCACGACGGCGAUAUGUCUCGUCGCGCUCGCGGUGUGGUGCCGCGCGCUCGAGCACGUCGCGAUCGCGUUCGACGCACGGGGUAUUAGGGAUGAGGACACGCAUAGGCUGGCGCGAGCGGAUGAGGGGGGCGGAUGGGGGCUGCGGACGCUCGAUGUCGGGGCGUCGCCGAUCGCGAGCGGGGUGGACGUCGCUGCGUAUCUCUGCGCGGUCGGUCUUUGUCCGCGGCUCGAGGCUAUCAGCGCAUGCGAUGCGACGCUGCCUGUUGACAAGCGUGCGGUCGACUCCAGGGAGUGGCGGUGGAAGGCUGUCAUGAACCGUAUCGUGUGUCAUCGCAGGACGGAGGGCUGCGUUGACGAGCCGGAGCUGCCUCAAGAGUGUAAAUACUUGCGGUGUUACAUUCCUUUGCAUAAUAAUAGAGGGUAUUGUACCGAUCGCUAAAUGCUUCUAAUGUCAUCAAUCUUCACCUGC